GCAAAAUGUCAACUUACUCAGCAGCACCUGUGAUUGUCGACGGUAAAUCACACCUUUUAGGAAGACUCGCUAGCGUCGUUGCAAAGAACCUUCUCAACGGUAACCGUGUCGUCGUCGUCAGAUGUGAGGAGCUCAACUUGUCUGGCUCCUUCUUCAGAAGAAAGCUCGAGUACAUGAAGUUCAUGCGUCUUCGUCACUUGGUCAAGCCAUCCAAGGGUGGUCCAUUCCACCACAGAGCUCCAUCCCGUAUCUUCUUGAAGGCUGUCCGUGGUAUGAUCCCACACAAGAUCGCUAGAGGUGCUGCUGCUAUGCAACGUCUUAAGGUUUUCGAGGGUGUCCCACCACUCUACCAAAACAAGAAGAAGAUGGUCGUCCCACAAGCUCUCCGUGUUUUGCGUCUCAAGCCAGGCCGUAAGUUCUGUACCCUCAAGCGUCUCUCCUCAGAGUUCGGUUGGGCUCACGCCGAAGUCGUCGACAAGCUCGAGGCUAAGCGUAAGGCUAAGGGUGCUGCUUACCACGAGCGUAAGGUUGCUGCUACUAAGCUCCGUGCAAACGCUUUCAAGGAUGCUCCACAAAACGCUAAGCUCGCUGAAUUCGGUUACUAAAUGUA